AUGAAACUAAACAACUCUGACAUUGCUAAGUUAGACAAAUGGUUCCUAAAUUCUGUUAGGCAAGGGGAACAAUUUUUGCUCUUUCUGAUAGUUCCUCUUGCACAUGCUCACUUUGUGUCUUUUGAUUACCCUAUGUUUAGUCACGAUUGUAAAGAGCCGCCAGAGCUCGAUGGAGAUGCCAAUAUUGAAGAUUCGAACAAUCUUAUCCGGCUCACUGGGUACCCUGAUGACCCAGAUAAGGCUUCUGGCGUUGGUAGAGUCACAAUUCCCAAACUUAUCAAACUCUAUGACACAAAUGCAAAUCAAGUGUAUGACUUUACAACCAAGUUUUCCUUUACUAUAUUUUCAAAUCACAGUAUUCAUGGAGAUGGUUUGGCAUUCUUCCUUGCAAGUUCAGAUCUUCCAAAAGCAAAUCAUGUAGGUAAUGGAGGAGGUUUUGGUCUGGUACCUACAAGCAAAGUUGCUUUAAACUCAACUGAGUAUUCAUUUGUGUCAGUGGAGUUCGACGCGUUCCAAAAUUAUUGGGACCCAGGGUUCAACCAUGUGGGAGUGAAUAUCAAUUCUGUGGUCUCCGAUACAUACAUUAAAUGGUCUCCGGAUGUUUCAGAAAGGAUAGCUUACAAUUGUAGCAUUGAAUACAGUUCCAAAAGCAAUAAUCUAAAUGUUUAUAUCACUGGAUACAGAUUGAAUGAAGGGCAAGAGACACAAACCUUUUCACACAUCAUUGGUUUGAGAGAGCACUUACCAGACUAUGUUAUUGUUGGCAUAUCAGCUUCAACAGGAACUGUAGAUGAGGAACAUAUGCUGCAGUCAUGGUCUUUUAGUACAAGCCAGCCAGAUUAUGAUUCUUAUGAAGAUGAUCCUGAGAAAAAAAUAAACUUAACCAAGACUAAAUUAUUGGAGGGAUUGGGAGUAGGUUUUGGAUGUUUGUGUUUGAGUUUAAUAGCAAUGUUAAUCAUUUUAUUGUGGAAAACAAAUAAAAGAAAAGGAGAAGACCUUACUUCAGAAACCACAUCUGAUCUGGAUAUGGAUGAUGAAUUCCAAAUGAAUGCUGGACCUAAGAAGAUAAGCUAUUAUGAGUUGUUGAAUGCAACAAACAACUUUGAAGAGACACAAAAGCUUGGCCAAGGUGGUUUUGGUGGUGUCUACAAGGGUUAUUUUAAAGAUUCAAACUCAACUGCAGCUAUAAAGAGGAUAUCAGCAGAUUCAAGACAGGGUAUAAAGCAAUACUCAGCAGAAGUGAAGAUCAUUAGUCAAUUGAGGCAUAGAAAUUUGGUGAAACUCAAUGAUUGGUGCCACAAGAAAAAAGAACUUAUCCUAAUAUACGAAUACAUGCCUAAUGGUAGUUUAGAUUUUCAUCUUUUCCGAGGAGGAAGCAUCUUGUCGUGGAUGUUGAGGUAUAACAUAGCUCAUGGGUUGGCCUCAGCAUUGCUUUAUUUACAGGAAGAAUGGGAAAAAUGUGUGAUUCAUAGGGACAUAAAAUGA